GUUGAUGAUAAGGGGACCACGUAACUCUUUUAAAUUCGAUUGUUCAACUAUUUCUGAAAUACUCAACGUGUCAGUUUCGGGGGAGUCUCGUUAGCGUGCGCAUCUUCAUUCCAAACUAGCUUUUAUAAAAUGGCUACCAAAUGGGUUUGGGCUAGUGUACAGGGGCCGUUUCCACCCAACAUGGUCCAGGGUGGCCAGGACAGUGAUGGCUGUGGUAUCUUCGUUGGACGUGCCAACCAUGGCGGUGAUCUGCUUCCUGCAAAAGUGAUCCCGUCCAAGAAUGCCGCCUACGUUGCGUACGGUGGCGAAGAAACUUUCGUUUCUAGCAUCGAAGUGCUCUGCCAGAAGGAACUGGUCUGGGAUCAUGCUGUUGGCGGUACCAUCCCACCGGAUGCGAUAGUUGGGGGUAACACGGCCGACGGGGAAGUACUGUACAUCGGGCGUGCCCAUCACGAGGGGUCGCAAACGGUAGGAAAGGUGCAGUGUUCGCAUGGAUGCGUUUAUAUUCCGUAUGAUGGACAGGAGGUUGCUGUACAAACCUAUGAAGUGCUGUGCGAGCGGUGAGGUAGUUCGUUAUAUGGGGGAACGUAUUGGCAAUAAAUGGUUAAGGUGACUAACUGUGGAAGUUGUCUCAUUGAAAACGAUCCAUGACCGGAAGUGAUAUACCAUAGAGCACAAGUACAAUAUAAAACAUUUUCCAUA